AGACCAUAUAAUCUGGUAUAAGACAAGUCUCAGUGUAUUUAAAAGCACGUGCCAUGCAGCAAUGUAAAAGAUCAACACAAGGAGCACUACUCAAGGAAAAGUGGCAAAUGAAGGUCCUGAAGGUUAAUUUCUCCAGUUAAGAUGCUCUCCAAAUCCUUGGUGAUGGAAUAUUUGGCUCAUCCUGGUGCACUUAGCGUGGCUGCCGGAGUUGCUUGUGGCAUGUGCCUGGGUUGGGGUCUCCGUGUACGCUUUGGGAGGACUCCCAAAAGCUCAGUGAGCGAGAUAGACACAGAGACUGGAAGUGAAGCAAGCAUCUUAGGAGAAAGUGGGGAGUACAAAAUGAUUCUUGUGGUUCGAAAUGACUUGAAGAUGGGAAAAGGGAAAGUAGCUGCCCAGUGCUCUCAUGCUGCUGUUUCUGCCUACAAGCAAAUUCAAAGAAGAAACCCUGAAUUGCUCAAACAAUGGGAAUACUGUGGCCAGCCCAAAGUGGUGGUCAAAGCCCCUGAUGAAGAAACUCUGGUUGAAUUAUUGACCCAUGCAAAAAUGCUAGGACUGACUGUAAGUUUGAUCCAAGAUGCUGGACGUACUCAAAUUGCACCUGGUUCUAGAACUGUCCUGGGAAUUGGGCCAGGACCAGCAGAUCUAAUUGACAAAGUCACUGGUCACCUAAAACUUUACUAGGUGGAAUUUUGUAUGAUGAUUGUCCCACCACAGUGUGUUUUGAAACUGUCAAAUUCUAACAAUAAAACUGAAAUUCUCCCCCUA